AUGAAUGAUGGAAAAGUUCAGAAAGUAAGUAACGAUAAAAAAUUAGAACAAGCAAAGACUAUUAGUAAAAGUAUAUACCAGACAAGAAAAAAUAAACUGAAAGAAGUUCAGACAAAAAGUACAAUAUUUACAAAUAGUAAAAAUAAAGAACUAAAAAAUAUUCAAAAAGUAAAUGAGGUACAAAAAGGCAAAAAAGAGAAAAAAGAAAAUUAUCCAACACAAAAUGUUUCACAAACUCAAAUAAACAAUCUUUCAGAGUUUAAUAAAAAUUGUGGACAAUGUACUGAAUUAAAGACAUCAUCAAGUUAUUAUAAAACACUAUUAAUGUCAUAUCUUGAUCUAAUAAUUGAAAGUUAUAAAAAUAACAAUUUUAAUGUAGAUGCUACAAAAUUAAUAACAUUGCCUAUCUUUAGUAAUAUAUGUCAUAGAGUUUCAGAAAUUUUAGCUGCUGAAUCAACUUUAUUAUUAAUUAAUAGCGAAACCCAAAGUGAAUCAUUUCUUGUUCUUUCAGAUAUUCAUGGAGCAUUUGAAGUUCUUAUUUAUAAUUUUUUUAACCACCAUUGUUUACCAAAAAAUAAAAUUAUUAUUCUUGGUGAUUAUGUUGAUAAAGGAGCUGAUGAUGCAUUUAUAUGUUUACUUUUAUUUUUAUGUAAAAUUGUUUGGCCUAACAAAUUAUUUUUAUUGAGGGGAAAUCAUGAAAUACGAGAUAUGAAUAGACAAAAAGAUUUUCCAGAUAAUUGUGUCAAACUUCUUGGAGACAUAUCAACAUUUUAUUUAUUUAACUUUGUAUUUGAAAGAAUGCCUAUUGCUGCAAUAUGGAAUAAUAAUGUCUAUCUUGCUCAUGGUGGAAUUUCACAAUGGAUAAAUUCAAGAGAUGAUGUUACAAAUAUUAAAAGACCAUUAAAAUUAAAUAGAACAUUAAAAUCCAGAUUAUUAAUUACCGAUAUUUUGUGGUCUGACCCUUAUAGAAAAACAUACAGUAAAAAGGAAGAAUUUCAAAAAUAUUUUUGUCCAUCAAAAAGAGGUUGUGGAUUUGCUUAUAGUAAAGAAGGUUUGGAAGAAAUUAUGAAAUGUUUAAAUGUAUCAAUGGUUGUACGUGGACACCAAACAUCAAGUAAAGGAUUUGUUGAAGAAUAUAAAGGUAUCUGCUACACAAUACAUAGUAAACCAAGUUCAACAUAUGAUUCUUUUGGAUCUUCAUGCUUGUUGUAUCUAGAUGAUAAUGGAAAUGUUUUAUUAAAACCAUUAAAAUAUAAACCUUUAGUAGAUAAAGAGGAAAUGUUAAAUAUGCUUGAUAAAUUAAGAACAGUUUGGAAAAAUAGUAAAAGUUCAACAUAUCAAUUUCAAAAAAAUUGCCCAUAUUGUAUUGAUAAAGAAAAUUAUAUUAAUGAAUUGGCAUGUCAAGAGAGAAUAUUAAUAACACAUGCUCAAUUAACAAUGUGGAUGACAGAUUUUAAAAUUAGAACAAUUAUUGAAAUAGAGUUUGGAAAUAAAGCUGAAAAAAAAUGGAAAAAUCCCGAAAAAUUAUUGGCAAAAUUUCCUAUUUACUUUGAUUUUUGUGUUUGGUCUAAGAUUGGAGAAAGUGUUAGACCAAAUAGUAUAAUGAAUAAAAAGGAAAAAGAGAUAGUAUAUAUGAUAUUAAAAAAAAUCGAAAACAUGGAUGAUAAAAGUAUUCUUACAGGUAAUCCAAAUUUAUCCGUUGAUAAAAUGCCUUUUCUGUGUUUGAAUCAGAUUAACGACAACAAAAGAAAAAAUUCUAAUGGAUCUUCUGAUGAUAGUGAAGGUGGUAGUGAUUCUGAUGAAAUUGAUGAAAACAUUAGUUCUAAUGAUGUUUCAGAAGAAGAAGAAGAAAAUUAA